UUUGUGUAUAUACACUUUGUUGUCUGAAUCAAAAAUUCUUUGUUUUAAAUAUUUCAAUUAAAUAUUUUUUUAAUGUUUUAAAAGUGUAAUUGUGUUGUAGUGUUUACACGAAACCAGCUGCUUUUUUUUUGCCAUUUGAAUUAUGUGAACGAUAUGUCAGUGUUUCAACUGGCAAAUCGGGCGAUGGCAACAAAUCUGCAAAGUUCUACUGACAAUAAUCAGGAAGGAGUUGCAGUAAAACCAUCGUAUUAUACUGCAAAUCAACGUUACCUAUGAGUUGGUACAAUAGUUUUCCUAAUUUUAUUCCAACAAAGGUCAAAUUUAAUAUUGACGUUGUUGUGUACUUGAUUCCUUCAACAAUUCAUUAUUCAGCAACAAUAGAACAAGAAUUCCUCAACAAUGUUGUAUGUAUUCCAUGUAGAUCGAGGGACGUUAGUCACCUUCGAUAUGCAGCUAUCGGUCGCAUAUGUGGACAAACUAAAGGAAGAAAUCGAAAGGGCUUUCGGUAUUCCAGUUGACAAACAAGUAUUAAUGAUGAGUGGUGGACAUUGUCUAGAAAAUCAUGCUCGUGUAUGUAGUUUUGGAACAGGAACAGACACCAAUCCAGUAUACUUGUUUAGUAAAGAAUUGGCAGAAAGUCCGGAACCACCAAAACCGUUACCUGACCCAACUCCAGAUAUCGAUUUAAAGGAACAAACAGAAGCAUCUAGUAAUUUACCGGCUUCAUAUAACACAGUUGUUGCUCGAGCACAAUUAGCGCAAAAAUUUCAUGAAUUGUCGCGUGAACAACAUCGAAUAUGUGAACGAUUAGUAUCAGAUCAACAUCGACAACAACAGGGUUGGGCUGCGGUAGCGGCAAAUUUAGAUGAUUUAGUUUCCGAAUUCCGUAAACGUUCUGAUGCCUUUUUAAGGAUACAUCGUUCACAAUUGGAAAGAAUUGAAGGUUAUCGACCGCAUUUGCAAAAUUUUCGUACCAAUUUAGAAAUUUUAAGUAAAAUACCUGUGAUCCCCGCAUUAUUAAAAAAAUCUGAAGCAGAACAUGUACCACAAGUUCCAAUGUUAACAGAAGUAGCGCAUUCGGAUGAAGAAGAAAAUCAAAAUUCGAAUGAACAAAAUGAGAGUGGCGAAUCAUCAAGUAGUAGUAGUAGCGAAGAAGAAUCUGAAGAAAUGCGACCCAUAUCAUUGUUACAAUGGGUCUCAAUGAAAGAUAGUCAAUUUACGCUACAACAAGUUGCGUACGAUUGUAAUUUACUAAUGGAGGAGUUAAGUGAAAAAUGUAUUGAACAGUGGAUAAUGGAAAAAGAUAUUACGCUUAGUUACAUAGAAAAUUAUCCACUUAAAGAGAUAUCGGGACUCGGGGAUCGUCUAUUUGGUUUAGAACAAUUAAUGUGUGAUGCGAAACGGUUGGUCGAUGAACAAGCAGAUUUAGCACAUUCAUUUUUACAGAAUCAAAAUAGGGCGAGUAAUUUAGGGGAUGCAUCCAUAUUACCAGAUCUCUGUGCGUCACAUCGACGUCAAUUAAAUGUUAUGUUACAAAAUUAUAAUUUACUUCGUGAUAUUCGGCGUAGGUGCAAUAAAGCAAAAGAAGAAUUAUGCAUAAAUUUACAUAGACGCUUAGGAUGGAUUUUAACGGGUGAAAGACAAUUAUUAGAAUGUGAUUAUAAAUUAUCAACAUUUACGUCCAAACAAAAGCACUUGGAUUAUUUAUUAUGUGUUUUGGAUCAAAUUCAUAAAGCUCCAGAAAUGUAUUUAAAUGCUGUUAUAGAAGUUGUACGUAGACGACAAUUUUCACAAGCUUUUUUAACGUGGGCAUCAGAUUUAGCUUGCCAUUUAACCUCUAUACAUAGUGAAGAGUUAAUGCGUCGAACAGAUUUCCAUGCUGAAUUUGAAGAGCAUUUUUUAAAUGCAUUAUUCACUGGUUUAACAGAUAUGCCACCCCCUUAUGCCACUGAACCACCUCCAUUAUUUGAUUGUAAUUUACCAUUAUUAUCAAUGGAAGAUAUCGAUAUGGUUAAGGAGAAAAUACCAGAAAUUGCUGAAAAAAUCAAAAUACCUGAUUUUGCAGCAUUUACACAAUUCUUCCAAUCAAAAUCGUUAUCUGGUGUUAAAUUCGAAGAACGAGGUGUAGGUGAUGACCGGUGUAUCGAAGAUCGGUUAGUUCAAGCUGUAGCUGAUGCUGGAUUAGGAAGUGUACUUGAUCGUGGUUUGUUACGGCCAACUGAUAGUCAAAUAUCUGGUGCAUCAAGUCAUUUAGCACAUCAUCAUUUAAAAGAUUUUGACAGAGGCUUUGAAUCUGAAACGGAUACCGAAGAAUUUGAAAAAGUGGGUCAAAGUCCCGUUGAAUUACAGUUCGAGAAUAAAACAACAGACAAUGUAUCAACAACACGAACGACAACGCUUGAUGCGUCAACGCUCACAGAGGCGCGUAGUAACAGCAGUCCUGUCCUAUCUGAAUCUGGCCAAUCACCAACAUCAGUAUCCAUGUUAUCCCAGGGCCAUCAGAUGAUGAUGCCAUCAGAGUUUGUGACCACCGAAUAUUAUAUUGAUGAAUCAAUGCCAUCGAGUCUUAGUACGGAUGGCGGUGGGGGAUCAUUAUUGUUGCUCCCUCCCGCUGAAUUAAUGCGUCAACUGGAUGAUUCGAAUACUGUGGUUGCUCUCCUCCAGGAUAAUUUGGGUACGUCAAAAUUAGAAAUACAAAAUCUUAAAGAUGCAUUGCAUAAAGCAUGCGAAUUCGCAAAGCUAGCAACAACUGCUUUACGUACACAAAUGAGUGCAAUUAAAUCAGACUUAGAUGUCGAAAAACAAGAAUUCACUAGUCAAUGUAAAGAUUUACUACAAGCUUGGGAACGAUAUCAACAUGAGGCCGCUUUACGUGAGCGUGAAAAAAUUCAGCGAUUAACCGUUGAUCAUGAACUUGAAAUGAAUGAUAUUAAAAAUUUAGCUAUUGCCAAAGAUGACGAUAUUCGAACACUAAAAUUAGAAAAAAUUAGUACCGAAUGUGCGUAUAAAAAACGUGUGGAAGAAAUCAAUGAAAAAUAUAUUGAUUCUGAUACGAAGUUAAAACAAGCGUUAAUUCAAUGUGAACAGUUCGAAAAACAAAUCGAGAAUUUGCAUUAUGAUCAUGAACGCGCAUUACAACAGUUACGUGAACAAAUGCAGCGAGAACAUCAAAGUGAAAUUGAAUCAUUACGCUCACGAUUUCGUUUAAUGACGGUAGCGAAUAUGGAACGUAGUCCUAGUGAUACAAGCUUAGAACGCAUUGAUCGUAUCGAUGUGAUCGAGCUAAUUAAUCACGAAUCAAUAAUUGCGCAGCUCAAAGAAAAUUUAAUUCAACAGCAGGAAGAUGCUGUGAAAAAAGCCAUCGAAGAAGAACAAGAAAAAUGGUCAACAAAACUUGAUAUGUUAACAGUGAAGUUCCAAGAUGAACGGCAUAUGAUUAUUAGUGAUUCGAUACGUAAAUUACGCGAAGAUAAGGAUAAACAAAUUGAGGCAUUGAUGCUUCGAGAAGAAGCAUUAAGUCGUGAAUGUCGUAAAUAUAAAGAGGUUAUUCAGCAGUUAACGGAUGAUGAUGGUUUAAAAAAUAAUCCUGUUGAAAGUCAACAGCAGGAAACUAAAUCCUUGUUGGAAAAAAUCGAUCAAUUACAACAAGAUCGAUGUCGCUUGGAGGCAGAAUUAUCUAAAGAACGUUCAAAACGAUUAAUUUUCUCACCAAUGCAGACUGCAGGAUCUAUGUUGUUCACUAAUAUGGCACAAAGUAUGGGAGCAUCGGUAGCUGUUUGUCCAACGAAUAUUUUAACGAGUGCUGAAAAUCGUCCACAAACAUGUGACGCGUCAACGAGUACAGAGAAUCGUGUUCAUCGUAUGUUAUCCUCCAGUCAGUUAGCAUUAAUCCAAGCGUACAAUAUCAACAUAAAUUUAUGUAGUGUGGGCGAUCGCGUGUUGGUUGUAUGGGAUAAAAAUUUUCAGAAUUAUGUGCUAUUAUUAGAUUCCAGUUCAAUAUUUGUAUUAAAUGCAGAUUGUAUACCUUCAUUAGGUUUACGACCGCCUACUGAAGCCACUAAAAAGGAUAAGGCUGUUGGCGAAAUUAUUGAAAAGGAAUUUUGUUAUGCUAAAAAGACUGAAAAUCGUUAUCAUUUUCCUAAAGGAACACGAUUCUAUCGUGUCCGAGUAAAACCACUUUCCGAGGAAGUAAUUGCAGCUGUACGUCGUGAUAAUUCCAAUCCCUCAGGACACUCUUCAAUGGAAACGAGUACAACAACAAUGCAUACUGAGGCAACAUUAACAAAAUCCUCAAUUCAUCAGGAUAACACACAAUCCCUACCAAUAGAAUGCAUAGGAUCAAUAAAACCACACCAACAAAUGAGCCAAUCGUGUACAUCACAACCGAUUGCCUGCAGUAGUAAAUCAAGUGAGAAAACCCCCAAUCCGAGUAGUUUUGUACCAUCGUCCCCUUCUUCAGGAGGUAGCGGAGCCGCAGCUUCUUCAUCCCCAUAUUUAAGUCGAAGUUUAUUCGGUUUAUCGUCAUCAACGUCACGUAACAGUAGUUUUUCAAUUUACCAUAGUUUAUCGCAACCAUCAAGUUUAGUGAGUUGUAGUGGUGAUAAUCGUCCUACAGAACAGAUUACUCGUGUAGAAGAUGAAAUUGAUAGUAAUAUUGUAAUCGAACAUGAAACUAGUGAUCAAGAUGAAGGCAUUAAAAGGUAAAAAUUAAAAGUUGUUUAUAACACGUAGACAUUUGAUCAAGUAGAAUCUUUAUUUCGUUGAAAAUGUUUCUUUAAAAAAUCAACCUCUUACGUCGAAAUUGGAAGAAUGACCAUACAGAUCUUUUGAAUCGCUUAGGUUAUACGAGUUGGUUCAUAAUAAUAAUUUCAUUUUUAAAAACCUCUUGAUCAUUUUAUUAUACGUGAAAACCAGUUAUUUUAAUUAAAACAAGCUAAGUGAAAACCGUAAAAAUUUUUAUUUAGACUCGAUAUUAAUUUACUCAUAUCAUAUUCAAUGUUUUCUGUGAAUUGUUAAAUAUCAAUCGAAGAAUAAAAAUUGCUAGGUGAUUGUUGGUUGCUAAAUUUUAAAGUAGCUUAUUAAUAAUAAAUCCGUAAUAAAUUGUUUGAAUGCGGAGUAUUAAAUUUAUACGACAUUUCGAAUAUAUUUUUGUAGGAUUUUUAUUUAUUUUUCUUCAGUUUAAAUCGUUAAAGGCAAAACAUAUAUGUGUAAGAAUUCAAUCACUGUUUGUAGCUUUAAAUGUCUUAACUAUCUAAACUGAAUAAAAAAUAAAAUGUACGUGCAAA